CAUCCAUAGUUCGCAAAUCACCUUGCCUACAAGUACCACCUCCUACCAAUGCUAUUUCCAGAACCAAGCUAUACUACCACCAAGCUCGUAGUAAGCAAGCAUUGAGCAAUCGAACAUGGCGAGGCUUCAGCUUUCCGUCGUGGCGGCCUGCACCGUCCUCCUCGCGCUCGCGGCCCCCUCCCUCGCCGGCGACCCCGACAUGCUCCAGGACGUCUGCGUCGCCGACCUCGCAUCCCCAAUCAAGAUCAACGGGUUCCCUUGCAAGGCCAACAUCACGGCCGACGACUUCUUCUUCGCCGGACUCAAGAAGGCCGGCAACACCAACAACCCGGCGGGGUCCGUCGUCACGGCGGCCAAUGUGCAGUCAUUCCCCGGGGUGAACACGCUCGGCGUGUCCAUGGCCCGCAUCGACUAUGCCGUGGGAGGGCAGAACCCGCCACACACCCACCCGCGCGCCACCGAGAUCAUCUUUGUCACCGAGGGAACUCUGGAGGUGGGAUUCAUCACCACGGCCAACAAGCUCUUCACUAAGGUCGUCACCGUCGGAGAGGUGUUUGUCUUCCCGCGUGGGCUCGUGCACUUCCAGCAGAACAGGGGAGACUGCCCCGCCUCCGUCAUCGCCGCCUUUAACAGCCAGCUUCAGGGCACCCAGGCCAUCGCCACCACGCUCUUGGCUGCCACACCACCGGUGCCGACGGACGUGCUGGCCAAGGCCUUCCGGGUCGAUAACGAAGACAUCGACGCCGUCAAAGCAAGGUUCAACUAGGGAGCCUCUGCUGUCGGCAGCUCUCCAUCCGUUUCGGAAGAAAAAAAAUCGUUUGUUUGUUACUGAAUAAAUGGUAAUCAAGUCAUCAAGUGAGCUGUAGCGUGUAGUUGAUUUGUUGUUGUGUAUGUUACAUUUGUUGCUCUUUGAGAUAAUAAAACUUGCUUCUGUUUCGCGCA